AUGGUGGAGAAAUCGAUCGACGAGCUCCGCUGUCCGUCGGAGAAAUCCGAAAUUUCUGCAGAUCUUCUCAGAGCAGUUCCCCUUCAUUCGUGCCUGAGUGGUACGGGUAGGCAUUGGUGCCAUCCCGGUAGCACCUGGAGACCCAAGACAAGCAGACAAAGGGUCACGCAGUAUGACAUCUUUUUCAGCCAUGAUUGGAAGAGUGGGCGCUGGAGCAAGCAUCUCUCACUCCUGGUGGCCUUCAAUGGCCUGCCUGCCGCAAUAGCGGGCUGGGCAUCAAGCUUAGCGAUGGGCCUGCUGGUAUUGCUAGGCAUUCUGCCCACAUCCUUCGCUGUUUGGAUGCCUGUGUGGGGCUAUAUGGUGUCAUUGACCAUCUUCUGCUUCUGGCAGCAUGUGCGGAGACUCUUCGCUGGGCCCACAUUUGCAUUUAUUGACAGUAUUUGCAUACCACAGGGUGACGAGGUGCUGAAGGCACGAUGCAUCCGAGGAUUGGGUACCUUCCUGAGAAGGUCCGAACAGUUAGUUGUUUUGUGGUCGCCGCAAUACUUCCGUCGCUUGUGGUGUUCAUAUGAGACGGGGUUCUUCUUGCGGGAGAAGGGCGACGCCAAAAAGAUUCAGUUCGUGCCCGUCCAGAUCGGGCGCAUUUGUGCAUGUCUCUUCAUGGGGGUGCUGCUCUUCCAAGGGACGAUGUAUGCUGUAGUGUGGGGGGGCAGAGGGUUGGAUGCAAUGCAGGCGACGGGCGUGAUGGCUCCUGCACUAGUGCUGCAGACAGUUGUCAUAUUCCCAGUUCUGCAAUACACCCUGACCGCCAUGCUCAAGGAUCUGUCGCAGCUGCCGAGCCAGGUCAGCGAGUUUCGCGUGCAGGACUCUGAAUGCACGUGUUGCACACAACAGCAUUCUGACCCUGUCACACAUGCACCCAUUGCCUGUGACCGUGAGCUGAUCUACAGAUCUCUGCGCAGUACCUUCGGGCCUACCGUCGGUAAAAUGGAGGAGGAAGCAGCACUUGAUGCAUUCAACGGCUACGUGCGUGAGACGCUCGCUCGUUCCAUCGACAGAAGUUUCAGGCAUCACAACAUGAUUUUGAGGCAAGCGCUUGUGACCUGUGCAACCGCCUGUGGCCCAUGGGCAUCCAUCAACAUGGCCAUGGCUCGUGAGUUGUCAAUGUCGUUAGAAGACAUGGUUCGAUGGUUUGGAGGGUUCAUCUACAUCAACGCCGGGCUCCUUUGCGUGAUGCGGAUCUCUCUGCUUAUCAGUCAUUUCGGCGUGUUUCAGUUGGAGAAGUACUCCCGACCGGUUAUCGUUUUGAGUCAGGUGGUGAUGCUUAGCUUCAGCACGGCUGCGAUACUGUUGCCCUGGCCCGUGACCUGGGUUCUGUCUGCUGCCGCCGCUCCCGCCGAAGCGUGCGCAGUCGGGGCGGCGGUGGGAGAACUUCUGGCAGGAGCUCACCAGCACCGACCCAGCCAUCCU